AUGCUUAAUAAAAUAAACGAAAUAAAAAUACGUAUUCGAUUUUUGCAUUAUAUAAAUCAAUAUCUAUCUAUCUAUCUAUCUAUCUAUCUAUCUAUCUAUCUAUCACAUUCUGUGGUUAUCCAUCUAUCUCCUUCCGUUUGCCCACUCUCUUUCCUUUCUUUUCAUUUAUUACUCACUAUCUAUCUAUCUAUCUAUCUAUCUAUCUAUCUAUCUAUCUAUCCUAUUCUGUGGUUAUCUAUCUAUCUACUUCCGCUCGCUCACUCUCUUUCCUUUCUUUUCAUACUAUUCUAUCUAUCUAUCUAUCUAUCUAUCUAUCUAUCUAUCUAUCUAUCUAUCUCCUUCCGUUUGCCCACUCUCUUUCCUUUCUUUUCAUUUCUUUUUCACUAUCUAUCUAUCUAUCUAUCUAUCAAUCUAUCUAUCUAUCUAUCUAUCUAUCUAUCUAUCUAUCUCACUCUCUUCAUGUACAAUCUAUGUUGA